AUGGUUCUGCCUCGUGACUGUAAGGCCCUUUACGACCAAGGUUACAGAGCGUCUGGUGUGUACACGAUAUAUCCCUGGGAGAGAAAAAGUCCUGCCUGUCGUUCUGUGAAGGUCUUCUGCGAUAUGGGGACUUUUGGCGGCGGCUGGACUGCGAUACAGAGACGAACAACAGGAUCUGUUAACUUUACACGGAACUGGGCUGAUUACAAAGUCGGGUUCGGAAUCCCAGAAGAAGACUACUGGAUCGGAAAUGACGUAAUACAUCAAUUAACGAAGGAUCUACCACAACUCUACGUUUCAAUCACACACAAGACUUUAAAUCAGAGAUACGUGAUUUAUAACCAGUUUUCUGUAUCAGACGGAAACAACAACUAUAGACUCUUCCUUUCAGGACCAACAACAGGAACACUAGGUGACAAUAUGCUAAAUACGGAUAGAAGAAUUGUUGGAAUGGGAUUCUCUACGCUGGACAAGGAUAACGACAACAAACCCGGGAAUUACAACUGUGCUGCUAAGUUUGGAGGAGGCUGGUGGUUCAAUGGCUGCCAUCGCGCCUUCCUCAACGGGCCCUGGGCCCCGGGCAGGUGGGUGGAGCCCUGGUCAGAAUUAAUUAUGUCUGGGACUGAUAUAACCGAGACUAAGAUGUUGAUAAGAGCUUGCUAA